AAAUAAAAGUGGAAGAAAAAGGAAAAGGAUUACCGUGAGGAGCAAUUUUAUAUUCCCACCACACGACCUGUAGCUUUACAUUUAAGUUCCUCUAACGGUGUUCCAAUUAGAACGCGGUAUGUCGUUCAUCUCUUUUACAAACUAAAGAGAGGUCGCGCAUCUCCCUUCGCUAAAUGCAUACGCUAAUCCUUGAAUUCCAAAAUUCUACAACGCCGACUGGUAAUAAUGGCAAGCAACAAACAACGGAAUCAAUCUCUUGAAGGAGAAGUCGCGGUGCCAAACCUACCUCAAGAAGUUAUUCAAGAAAUUCUCUUACGAUUACCCGUUAAAUCUCUUUGCAGAUUUAGGUGUAUUUCCAAAUCAUGGCUUUCUCGAAUUUCUAGUCCACAAUUUGCUAAAGCCCACCUCGAUAUAGCUCUCCGGAGUAAUAUCCUCUAUUCUCAGAGGCAGAGACUCAUUUUCUCUUCAGGCAAUCUGUACUCUGUUGAAUAUGAGUCUAUAUGCAAUACUAAUGGUCGCGAUAUAGCUGUUGUCACUCUUGAUUAUCCAUUGAAAGAAAAGGCUAAUGGCCGGGAUGAUGUGUUGGAUGAUAGCAGGGGAAAUGAUUUGGUAUAUUAUAAGGUGUCUGAAGAUGAAGAUGAAAACCCAGUUAUUGUGAAGGUUGAUGCUAAGUUCUCUAGUAAAGUCACAAAAUUGGAUGACAUUUGGGUUGAGAUUUUCGGUUCUUGUAAUGGACUAGUUUGUAUAGCUCCAGAGGAAGAUACUCUUUUCUUAUUUAAUCCGUCCACUGGAGAGUCUAAGAGAAUCCCAGAACAAUCCCUUUCUCGGUCUGCUCCAUAUGGCUAUAAUUCAUAUGGAUUUGGUUAUGAUCCAACUACCGAUGAUUAUAAGGGGUAUUUCUUCAUGGAGCUCUUCAUUGGGUGGCGAGAAAUAGGGAAAGUGAAGAUGACAAGCUAUGAAGCACCCGGUAGAGCAGUAGCAGUAAAGCUCGAUUAUCCAUUGAAAUGUGAUUUUUACGACGAGGUCAAGUUCAUUGGUUCUUGCAAUGGCUUAUUAUGUGUUGCGUCUGAGCCAGGAAUCUUACUGUUGAUAAAUCCUUGUACCAGAGAAGCUGCAGAAAUACCAAGGUUAGCCAAUCGUCGCCCAUUUUCUCAAUCAUCGCUGCCUUACAUGUAUGGAUUUGGGUAUGCUGACUCUAUUAAUGAUUACAAGCUGGUGAAAAUUUCUUGUAAAGGGUUUGUCUUUGUUUACUCACUGAAAGCCAAUAGCUGGAGAAGAGUUGGUGACUUUCCUUACACUAUUCUUGCACUUGAUCCUGGGAUUCAACUAAAUGGAGCUAUCCAUUGGGUAGUAAGCAGAAGUGAGGAUUCACCCAAGUCACAUAUCAUCGGUGCUUUUGAUUUAGUGGAGGAGAAGUUCUGGGAUGUCCCUCCUCCUGUUUCUAUCAAAAAUUUUUAUGGGAUAGGUGUGUUCCGUGAAUGUCUAUGUAUAUUACCUGAAAGUGAUAUGACAUCUCACAAUGACUUCUGGGUUAUGAAGAGCUAUGGAAGAAGCGAGUCCUGGACUAAAAUUGUGAUUAGCAUAUCAUAUUUCAGAAUGAAACCGUUGGGACUUUUUGGGAAACAUAGAGCUCUGUUAGAGAUUGAUGGGAAAUUAGUAAUGUACAAUUUCAAAGAAGACACUUAUCAGGAUCUGAUUAUUCAUGGGAUUCCAGUUGGAAUUGAGUUUGAAGCAGAAAGAUAUGUAGAGAGCCUUGUUUCUCCUCAUCUUACAUGACAAUUGGAACGAUAAAUGGCAGAGAUGAACUUCACAGGAAUGCUUAAAGGAAAGCAAAUGGACAAGUUUUAUCUUCUCCAGCUCUAAUUUCCAAUUCUUGAUCAUGUCUGUUUUGUUUAAAUGAAAGAAAAAAACUUCUCCAUCUGUGAUUACUCGAAUGAACUAGCGAAAUCUAAAUCUAGUUACCAAGAAUCGGGCCAACCGUAAGAGAGUAGGACUGAAAUUAAAAGAAAGAAUAAUUUCGACCUUCUGUAUUUUCUUUUCUUUUAGUUGUAGUUCAAUUGCAUGGUUUUCUUUUACUCUAAUAUCCCCAAAUUAUUAUCAUUGUUCCCAAAUUGAUGAUGUACUGUUGAUUUCAAAUCACGGUCUGUCGUUCUUUUUCUCUCGA